CGGGCGCGCGCUCGAGGGCGCGACCCCGCCCCGGCCUCCGGACUCGUCCUUUGAAAGAGCCGACCCGGUGGGCUUCUUCGGCGCGUGCGCAUCGCCUAAACAAAGAUCAGCGGCGAAGCAUGCGCAGUCGCGAUAAAGGCGCUUUAAAAUUUUUUUUCCAAGGCCCAGGCUUUGCGCAUGCGUCUUAUUGCUUGCUGAAGCCUCUCCUCUGGGCCCAGCACCUCUUCCUACACAUGCGCAGAAGGCUCAAUGACAGUCGCGUGUCGGCUAAGGCUCUGGGAAAGGGGGCUGGCCAUGCUGCCUGUGACCUGGUGGGGGGCCAAGGGCCGAGUCUGGUCCCUGGUGCCUGCUCUCCACGGGACUCCCCGGGCUCUGUCGUCCCUGGCGAACAGGAUGGGGGUGUACCGAAAGAUGUGGAACCCCACGGAGCCCCGAGACUGGGCCCAGCAGUACCGCGAGCGCUUCAUUCCCUUCUCCAAGGAGCAGCUGCUCCGCCUCCUGAUCCAGGAGUUCCACUCCAGCCCAGCAGAGAGAACAGCUUUGGAGGCAUUCUCAGCCCACGUGGACUUCUGUACCCUGUUUCACUACCAUCGGCUCCUGGCCAGGCUGCAGGCCUUGUAUGACCCUAUCAACCCUGACAGGGAGACCCUGGACCAGCCGUCCCUUACUGACCCCCAGCGUCUGUCCAGCGAGAAGGACGUGCUCCAGGCUCUGAAGCCCCUGCUGGCCCAGGCCAACUUCUCCGCACUCUCUGAAGAUGCCCUGGCCUACGCGCUCGUCGUCCAUCACCCUCAGGACGAGGUCCAGGUGACAAUAAAUUUGGAUCAGUAUAUCUACAUGCAGUUCUGGGCCCUGGGCCAGAGAGUGGGGCAGAUGCCACACAUGUCCAGUGUGGGCUCCAAGCGUGGCUUCUUCAGAAGGUUGCCUCCUGCGGAGAGGAGAUACUUCAAGCGCGUGGUGUUGGCCGCCCGGACGAAACGGGGGCACCUGGUUCUGAAGAGCUUUAAGGACACCCCGCUGGAGGGCUUAGAGCAGCUGCUCCCCGAGCUGAAGGUGCGCACGCCCAUGAUGCGGCGCGCCCUGAUCAACCUGAUGUUGGUGGUCUCGGGAGUCGUGUUCUUCGUCAAUGUGGGCAUGGUGGUACUGUCUGACCUCAAGAUGGCCACCUCCCUGCUGCUGCUGCUCUUUGCCAUCUUCAUGGGCCUCAAGGCCUCCAAGGUGUUUGGGCAGCAGAGAAGUGCCCAGGCGCUGGAGCUGGCACACAUGCUGUACUACCGCAGCACAUCCAACAACUCCGAGCUGCUCAGCGCCCUGGCACUGCGCGCGCAGGAGGAGCACAUCAAGGAGGCCCUGCUGGCUCACAGCUUCCUAGGCCGCCGGCCAGGGGGCGCCCAAGGCCCACCUGAAGUCGGGAGAGCCAGCCGGUGCCCACUGCCUGGGAAGUCGGGAAAGCCAGCCGGUGCCCACUGCCUGGGAAGUCGGGAGAGCCAGCCGGUGCCCCCUGCCUGGGAAAUCGGGAGAGCCAGCCGGUGCCCACUGCCUGAGGAGAGGGCGUGUUCUAUUGGCUGUAGCGGUGGCCUGUGUUGGUGUGGGAAGAGUUAG